CUUGCUAGCUAACUGCGGACCAGCGCGGACACGCUCUCUCUGGAAUAGCGUACCUUGUUUGUCCUCCAUUACCCUUUGCCGGUUGGUUCAGUGUUCCGUCAUCCGGGUUAGUUUGCCGCACCGCUUCCGUGGCGCCCCAGUAUUGAAGCGCGUUUAUCAGGCUCUUGCCAGUGAAUUCCAUUAUUCUCUCACGGCACGGCACGGCACCGGCACGCCCGCACAUUAGCUUGUGCGCGAAUCCAACAGUUGGAGCCACCGUGUCCUUUUACGACGACGAGAUCGCCGCGAGCUUCGAUCGAGCGCGAGCCUUACCCGUCGUCGCACGGAGCGCGCGCGCGUGCAUAGUUUUGUGAGCUGCAAGAGUGUGUGCAUGUGUGUCAGUGUACGGGCGGCGUUUGUGUACUAGAGCCGGGAGCUCGCGUUUAGAGCAGUGUGUUUGGAAACAGCCAGCAGCAGAGCAGCAGCAGCAGCAGCCCCCUUUUCCGGACAGGAUAGCUCUUCGGCGUGCGCAAUCACCAUACCAGCAGUACCCAUAUACCCCUGCCCCAUCCAUCAACUCACGCAACUAACACACACACAGCAAUGGCCGACUCGGUAGAGGUUGAGCAAAUGGCGGAAGCAAAGCCACGAAAGAUGGCCCUGCCGACGUCGCUGGACAAGGACGCGAUCCGGGAGGCGUACGAGGACGUGCGCUCCAACCUGACCGACAACGAGUGGGCGGUGUUCAAGUUCGACGGGCUGACGAUCGUGUGCUCUGCCAAGGGUCAGGGCUUUCAGGAGUUUUGCGACGAGUUCCAGGACGACGAGCGUGCGUUCGGCUACAUCCGGAUACAGAUGGGCGACGAGAUGUCGAAGCGCAGCAAGUUCCUGUUCCUCACCUGGAUCGGCCCGGAGGUGGGCGUGAUGCAGCGCGCCAAGAUGUCCACCGACAAGUCGAUUAUCAAGGAUGUGAUCAACAACUUUGCGGUGGAGCUGCAGGUGGAAACGAGCGCGGACCUGGAUCUAGAAAUGUUCAAGAUGCAUCUGAACAAGGCCGGCGGUGCCAACUACGGCACGGGCGUCCGGGAUCUAUAAAAAGGCAAAGGCGGAUGGUGGCACCCUUUCCCCUAGUGGAGGGGUCCAACGACGGCGCGUGGGUUCAUUGCCAAAUCGGGAGUAGUAGCAGCGAUGACCGCGUGAUCCUGGGUUUCGGGUUACAAUCCGGUUAGUGGUUUGUGGUCGAAUCAUUAAAAAAAAAAAGGGAGAGAGAUACAUAUAGAGAAAGACAGAGAAAGAACACACAUCAAAAGAAGCAAAUAGAUAGAGGGGAGGUAGACCG